CUUCCCACUUCGAACCCAUCGCCUCCGGGGCUCCACCCUACACAGCAAUGGCGCCCUAGGGUUUUACCACCCCGAUUUCCCCGCCCACCACAAUGCAGAGCUCGUUCGCGGCGAGGCCUUCGAGCCCCUUGAUUCGGGUGCGCUCCGCGAGCCUGAGCCGCAGUGCUCGGCCCAGGUCGGCGGUGGUGGUGCGAUGCCAGGUGGAAGCGGAAACGGCGGCGGCGGCGGCGAAGUCUGUGGGUUGGGCCCCUCCGGGGCCGUACACGGGGCGGGACCCUGAGGUGAAGAAGCCGGCGUGGCUGCGGCAGAGGGCGGCGCAGGGGGAGAAGUACACGAGGCUGAGGGAGUCGCUGGGUGAGCUCAAGCUCAACACCGUCUGCGUCGAGGCCCAGUGCCCCAACAUCGGCGAGUGUUGGAAUGGAGGCGGCGGGGCGGGUGGAGAAGGGGACGGCAUUGCGACCGCAACGAUCAUGCUCCUCGGCGACACCUGUACACGGGGUUGUCGAUUCUGUGCCGUGAAAACUAGUAACAAGCCUCCACCGCCGGACGCCCUGGAGCCUCUGAAGACAGCUGUAGCAGUCGCCAGUUGGGGAGUAGACUAUGUUGUGCUGACAAGUGUCGAUAGAGAUGACCUUCCUGACGGUGGAAGUGGCCAUUUUGCUCAAACAGUCAGAACUCUUAAGGAAUUGAAACCUGGGAUAUUGGUGGAAUGCCUGACUUCAGAUUUUCGAGGUGACCUGGAGGCAGUUUCAUCUUUAGCAAACUCUGGUCUAGAUGUAUAUGCGCACAACAUUGAAACUGUGAGGAGUCUGCAGAGAAUAGUUAGAGAUCCAAGAGCAGGAUAUGAUCAGAGCUUAGCUGUUCUGAAACAUGCAAAGAGUAGCAAAGAGGGCAUGGUAACAAAGUCCUCUGUCAUGCUUGGUCUAGGUGAGACAGAUGAGGAGGUGAAGCAAACCAUGGCUGACUUGAGAGCUAUUGAUGUCGAUAUUCUGACCUUGGGACAAUAUUUACAGCCCACAGAAAGACACUUGACAAUUAGAGAAUAUGUGACUCCUGAGAAGUUUGAUUUCUGGAAGGAGUAUGGAGAAUCUUUAGGAUUUCUUUAUGUAGCUAGUGGACCUCUGGUUCGGUCAUCAUAUCGCGCUGGAGAGCUCUUUGUCCAAAAUUUAGUCAAACGUAGAAAGGACAAGUCGUAGCCAGAUACCUUCUGGCCGCUUCUAUUAUUUGAUCAUAUUAAGGUCUGCAGAAAGGAUGGUGACGUGCUUACCCUUCAAAAGUUCUAUGCCAUUGGCAGGAUAUACUUGUCACUUUGAUCAUCAUGUAUUUCUCGUGUCACUCCUGCUUAAGGCUGAGACUACCAAAAUUUUGAUUUGUGUUAGUUGCCUUGGCAGAUAUGUGUAUGGAAAUGUGGCCAAAUAAUGAGAAACAAUUUGUGUUUUUAA